AUGGCGGACCAGGCGCAAAGCACAAACUUCAAGGAAGCCUUUUCCCUCUUCGACAAACGCGGCACUGGACGCGUCGAUGGCGAGUCUUUGGGCGACCUCCUCCGCGCAUGCGGUCAGAAUCCUACAUUGGCGGAGAUCAAUGAUCUGAAGGGUGGUGUGCGUAGUGGUGACUUCGACUUCGACUCCUUUACCAAGAUCCUCAACCGACCCGGCGGCUUCCGCGACCCAGGCGAGCCGGAAGAGUACUGUCGUGGGUUCCAGGUCUUCGACAAGGACCUCACGGGCUUCAUUGGCGUGGGACAGUUCAGAUAUAUCUUGACGAAUCUGGGCGAGAAGAUGAGCGAUGAGGAGGUCGAUGAGCUGCUCAAGGCGGUGGACACUUCGAGUGGGGAGUUGAACUAUAUGGACAUGGUGAAGACAAUUCUUGCCAAUUAA